UGAGACGCUGGCGGCGGAUUCUGCGCAUUGACCGAGCCCCCCCUGUAUGUGUGUGUGUGUGUGUAUGUGUGUGUGUGUGCGUGUAUGUAUGUGUGUGUGUGUAUAUCAGCCUGCAAAGGAGCACUCGGGCAAUCCGGCCGCCGAAACAACAGCAGCAACAGCAGCACCAGAAGCAACCAGCAAGCAGGCAGCGACCGCCUCUGGAAGCGGUCAUGGCUUCGGGAGAUCUAUACGAGGUGGAGAAGAUUGUUGACAAGAGGAAAAAUAAAAAGGGGAAGUGGGAGUACCUUAUACGGUGGAAAGGCUAUGGAAGUAAUGAAGACACUUGGGAACCAGAGCAUCACCUCCUUCACUGUGAAGAAUUUAUUGAUGAGUUCAAUGGACUCAACGCUUCCAAAGAAAAGCGAACUAAAUCAGGGAAACGGGGAAAUAGCCCAAGGCAGGUCUUGAGGGACAAUCACGGAACUGCGCCAUUCAGAGCCUAUGAAUCUACCAAGGGGAAAGGAGGAGGAGGAUUGCGAAAAAAGCGGACUAAUAACGCACAUCAAAAGCAAAAACGGGCUUCCAUGGCCAGAGAUGGAAAGCACAGUUCUGGGGAUAACAAGAAAAUCAUAGCUACUAAAACUGUGCAUUACAGAACCACUGCGAGUGGGGUGCAGAUAAUGCCUUACAGAAAAACGGAUAACUCGUUUCAGAAUGGCGAUGCUAGACACAGCAAAAAUGCAUUACAGUUUGACAAUACCUCACGGCAACAGAGAAUGAAUGUGGAUCCCGGAAAGCCUGACUUUGUGGAAGAUGGAGCCAAUGACGACCCUCCUGUCGUCAAUGGAAUAGGCAUCUCAAAUGGACAGAGUAGUCUAUCGUGUUCAGUGAAGAGGAAGAUGGUGGAGGACAAGGACGACUACGUGUUUGACAAACGCCUCAGAUGCAGCGUUCGACAAAAUGAAAGCAACUAUCGAUUCAGGGAUAUUGUUGUUAGGAAACAAGAUGGCUUUACCCACGUUUUACUCUCCAGCCAAACUUCAGACAACAAUUCAUUAACACCUGAGAUUAUGAAGGAGGUGCGGAGGGCUCUUGGUAAUGCGUCGGCCGAUGACAGCAAGCUUCUUCUCCUGAGUGCAGUUGGGAGCGUGUUCUGCAGUGGCCUUGAUUACUCUUACCUAAUUGGCAGGUUAUCCACUGACAGGAGGAAAGAGAGCGCUCGGAUUGCAGAAGCAAUAAGAGACUUUGUGAAUGCCUUCAUUCAGUUCAAGAAGCCCAUUGUGGUGGCAGUCAAUGGGCCAGCUCUGGGACUGGGAGCCUCUAUCCUCCCCCUCUGUGACAUUGUGUGGGCCAGUGAAAAGGCCUGGUUUCAGACUCCGUACGCAACCAUACGAUUAACACCAGCUGGAUGCUCUUCAUACACCUUUCCGCAGAUAAUGGGAGUCGCUCUAGCAAACGAAAUGCUGUUUUGUGGUAGAAAAUUAACGGCACAGGAAGCCUGCAGUAGGGGGCUGGUGUCUCAAGUCUUCUGGCCGACCACAUUCAGCCAAGAAGUUAUGUUGCGGGUGAAAGAGAUGGCGUCCUGCAGUGCAGUGGUCCUUGAAGAAUCGAAAUGCCUGGUGCGGAGCUUCCUCAAAUCCACCCUGGAGCAGGUGAAUGAAAGGGAAUGCCAGAUGCUGAAGCAGUUGUGGAGUUCCUCCAAAGGAUUGGAUUCGCUGUUCAGCUACCUGCAGGAAAAGAUCUACGAGGUGUGAAGCCUCUGCCACACUUGAAUCUGCUGUCCAUUAUUCCAGAGUCUGUGGAAAGAGUCAAUAGGCUUAAUAACUGAUUGUUAACGAGUUCUGUACAGAUGGGCUUAAUGUCACAAAUUGGCCAGUAAAUAUCUUUAAUAACAUGAUAAAUAUGGAACCAAUCCAUCAAAAAUGCCCAAGUGGGUAUAUGUUAGGUGCACCUCUGCAUGCAUUUUCAACAAUGCUCAUUGUCAAAUAAUGCCAUAUAAUUUCUUAAAAGCUGGCCUUAAGGGUCCCAGUACCGUUACAUUUCAACCCACCUGGACCGAUUUACCCAACACAACAAAUGGUUGCAUUUAUGAGUGACAUUAAUGAACGAGUCAUAAUUAAUCCCUUUGCUCUUGAACCCACAGCACAGAGGAGAAUUGUUAUGUAAAAUGUUGAGGUUGUAUAUUUGGAUUCAUAUUGCUACCAAUUUAGUUAGCAGAGGGUUGGCACUGGUUAAUUGGUAAUUCCUUCAUUAGGAUUGUAAGUAGCCUCAAGUGAUAAAUGCAUUUUAUUGGUGUAGAUUUUCAGUAAACUUUUUCCUGAUUACUAAGCAAUCAGGGGAACAUGCAGGAAGAAAUAUCGUUAAAAUUGUGACAUCUUUAUUCUUAAUUAUUUUACAGAAGUUUCAAACUCUAGUUAAGCAAUGGCAGAUUUUAAGUAUUUAUUAUUCCUUUCAGCUUGAACAAUAAGGUUUAAUGGAACACAUUAUUUUUCUUUUGGAUUUUUACGAUCCUAGGUGUGAAUCUUACUGGGAGCGUUUGUUUUGAAGUUUUAUCCUGACUACCUAAGUCAACCAUGCAGGAGAUCAUUGUGACUGCAGUGAUGCUGUUGAGUACAGUUCCAUCUUGAAUCAUAAAACAUACAAGCAGGGUUUGAAUACCAAAUAUAAUACUCAUACAAUGCAGAAGGAAUAUUCUGGUUGUGAAGUCUUUUUUCCUCCAGUCCUUAAUAAUUACCAUUAUCUUUCUGGUAUUGAUUGCUGUCAUAUGACCAGCUCAAGGUCCAAAGCCUAUCAAUCAUAUUCCAUGCUCCACGUCCUAAAGUAGUAGUGAGUUUUCAUUUCUUAUUUAUUUAAAGAAAUAUGCACUAAUCAGACACAGUGUAUGUGCUGUUGUUAAGUGACUCAGAGGAGUAUGUUACAAAGAAGAUAUGGGUUUUAUCUCACUAAAUUGAAAAGGGUUCAGUAAGUAUUUGUUGGUUAAAUUUUAGUUGUGCAAAAGUAGAUAGGUGUUUCCUGAUUCGAGAACAGCCAUACCUGCGUACUGGCACAAAUACAGUAUUUACAAAGCAUCAAAUGGAAAGCCACAUUGAAGGGGUUGAACACUUUAAAGCGUGUUCAUUGUAAGCUGCUGUGUUUAUUGUUAUUUAAAUAUUCACUGGUAUCUACAGCUCAUGGAUAUAUAAACUGUACGCUGGUUCCAUGGAGAUGUACACUUGAUUUUCAUCAUUACUCAAGCUGCUUCUACAGCAACAUUGAUGAGUUGACACCAUUACACCGAAAUAUGACAAAAUUGCAAAACGAUAUAUAUAUAUUUUGUCAAAUGAUAAACUUUAUUUUAUAUAUCAUUACCCAAGACUUACUGCUUUGCUUUAGAGUCAUCCCGAAGUAGACCUUGUUUCAUCAGUUGCGUAUUUAACCUCGAACGCUUUGUGCCAAUGUAUAUUGUUUUUGAUGAUUAUGAAACACUGUUUGCCCCAAUUUCAUGUUUUUUUUUUAAACUACCCUGUGUUUGAAAAUUAAUAUGCCAAGAAAAAUAGAAGCUCUUUGUAUCCUGGAUAUUUUUUUUUUUGCCAAGUUCUUUUCCAUUCAAGACGCAAAGAAUUUCACAGGAGAAGAUUAUCAGAUCCCAGCCACAAAGAGCGUUGAAAGUUCACCUUUUGGAUAAACGGUGUUACUGGUGAAGAAAACAGAAUUAAAGUGUACAUCAUCGACCGAGAGGAUCAGUCAUAUCACAGCAAACUGCAGGGGCUGAAUUGUAUGUGUGUUGGAAACAUGUAAAAUGUAUUUAUCCCACAGCAGAACACAAUGGGUUUUAAAAGUUUUUUUUGUAAGCGGGGGCUGUGUUUAUUUAAGAAUUCUUAGCAAUCUGUUUUUUGAUGUGGGCACCCUUUUUCUUACUGGAGAUAUAUUAUCUAUAUGUUCUAUAAACUACCAGGUAAUUCUGAUCUAUGUGAUGACUAACAUGUGUAAGUCAGAAACCUACACUGGUUUACUGCUUUUUGUAAUUGGUGUACAGACACUUUUCUGGGUGCCUUAGAAGUUGUAUUUUUCAUGUGUGUUAAUAUAUUUAUAUAUUGUGGAAAAGCUGCUCCCAAUAAAAUAAUAUGAAAUUUA